AUGGCGCCCUAUGAAGCAUUGUAUGGAAGAAGGUGUAGAACUCCAUUGUGCUGGUAUCAGGAUGGUGAAGCCUAUGUGCUUGGUCUUGAAUUUCUGCAACAGACGACUAGUAAGGUCAACUUAAUCCAAGAUCGAAUGCGAGCAACUCAGGGUAGGCAAAAGUCCUAUGAGGAUAAGAGGAGACGACCACUUGAGUUUGAUGAAGGAGAUCAUGUAUUCCUCUGGGUUACGCCAACCACAGGUAUCGAAAGGGUUCUUAAAUCAAGGAAGUUGACUUCGAGAUUUAUAGGGCCUUAUCAGAUUACACGGAGAAUAAGAGCAGCGGCGUACGAGAUCGCUCUACCCCCUCACCUAUCCAACUUGCAUAAAUUUUUCCAUGUCUCACAGUUGAGGAAAUACAUUGCAAGUCCAGAUCAUGUGUUGGAGUCAGAUGAGGUGCAAGUACGCGAGGAUCUGACUAAACCAGUUGGACCGGUUCGCAUAUUGGAUACUCAACUCAAGCAACUGAGAGGUAAGGAGUUGAAGACGGUUAAGGUUCUCUAG